AUGUUAAGUGGGGAUAUAGAGGGGUCUAUAAAAACGUUGAAAGCUAAAAGACCGGAUGGCAGCAAUCUUCUGCUGCCUUCACAAUGGGCGCUAGGGCCAGAGGGAACGCCUCAAUGGCCUAACGGAAACAUACAAGUCUAUAUCGACAGCGAUUCGUAUGGUGAAGGCAUAGCGGGACGCGUGCUAGAAACACUUCACAAAUUUCACGGCCAUGAUGGCCCCCUCUGCCCCCAAAUACAGGUGUUGAAAGAGAAGCCGACCGAGCCGGUUGGCAGCUGGUUGCACGUCACCAACCCGGACCGAGUGCGCCCGUGCGUCCACGACUCGGGGGUUGCCGACAAUGGAGAAAUUAAAAUAGUGCUAGGAUACGACUGCCUCAGGCCACGGGAGAUUCUGCACACGAUCCUGCACGGGCUUGGUUUCCGGGAUGAGGUGACUCAUCCGCAGCGAGACCUCUUCGUCAGAGUCAUGUGGGAAAACAUACAGCCAGCCUUCAGGUCAAUGUUCCGAAUCCAGUCAGUGGAGACGAACGACGCUAGCUUGAUGGAAUACGACCCCCUGAGCGUGAUGCACUUCCACGACCGCGCGUACAGCCUCAACGGGCAACCCACCAUCAUGCCUAUGCUUCCAGGGUUGCAAGUAGAGCCUUCAGACGAACUGUCGCACCUAGACAAGAUGAAGAUCAAACGGAUGUUCAGCCACGAAUGCAAGAAGCGUCUAAUCGACAACGUUAUACACAGGACAUGUGCCAGCUUCGACGAACUUAAAGGAGAGGUCACACCAAAUAAUGGCAAUGGAUGUCCUCCUGUUAACGGCAAUGGAGACCAUGGGAUUGUAAUACCCGGCAAUGAUGUUAAACUGGAUGAUGAUGAUCAAGAUGCGAUCGGCAAUGACGUUAGUGAUCAAACAGGAACGAACUUUGAAGUUGGAGACGGUGAUAGUGGCAACGUUAUAAUACCCGGCAAUGAUGUAAAUGAUGGCAACGGUAUACCCGGCAAUGAUGUAAAUGGCGGCAACGUUGUAAUACCCGGCAAUGAUGUAAAUAGCGGCAACAGUAUACCCGGCAAUGAUGUAAACGGUGGGAACGUUGUAAUACCCGGCAAUGACGUAAAAGUGGGUGAUAGUGGAGUCUCUGAUAAUGAUGCAGGCGAUGGGAAUAAUGUUUUAGUAGGCGACGCGAACGAGGCUGUUAGUGACUUUGACAUGUCACUAGAACCUCAAACACGUAAGCCCGUAACAACAAAGCUUUCAAAUAUAUAUAAUAUUCCCGACGACGAGGCUAUUGUCGUUGGGUACGGACCUGGAACAUAA